GAGAGAGAGAGAGAGAGAGUAUAAGUAAGUAAACAGGACUCUGCCUCUGCUUUGGCAGGAAGUGCUGAAGGAAUGAAAACAUUGGAGCAGCAGUGCGGAUCAAACUGAGAGAUGUGUGUGACCUGAAGUCUGACCGGCUGAGACGAGGAAGAUGGAUCCGGAGAGCAGAGGGCGGCCGUGGGGGAAGCUAGUCAGGGUGGGAGCGUCUCCACAGACUGAACUAACACUACUGCUGACCAACCGAGAAUGCACUAUCGGCAGGAGGAAAGGUUGUGAUCUUUCCUUUCCUGCUAAUAAGCUGGUCUCAGGAGAUCAUUGCAAAAUCACACAAGAUCAGACCUCAGGGCAGGUGUGGCUCGAGGACAUGAGCACUAACGGCACAGUAAUAAACAUGUCCAAACUGGUGAAGAAACAGAGCCACCUGCUGCAGAACGGAGACGUCAUCUACUUUGUGUACAGGAAGAGUGAACCAGAGCAGAAUAUUGCUUAUGUGUAUCAGGCCAUCAGUCCCAAGCAGACGGACUCUCAGGAUACUGAAGACGCUGUGAGGAACAGCUGCUCUGCUGUGAUGGAUCUCAUUGAUCCGGAUGUGGAUCCUGCUCCGGUGGAGCCCGUUACUCUCCCCAGUUUUCCUCUGGAGAAGCAGCUUCUUCCGGGAUACGAGGACCAGCCAAGCACCUCCGGCUCCGGCGCCCAUCUCUACCCAACGCUGUACACGCACACCGUCGCUGCCACAAGUUACGGUGAUGUGACUCUAACAGAGCCGUCAGCGAUCCGGCAGAAAGUUCCAGAGUGCAGCACCGGAGUCUCCACCCCAAAAAGCCUCACGCUGAAGCAGACGAGAGAGAUGGACGAGGGGGCGGGGCCAGACAAGAAGAGACAGAGAACAGAUGACCCACACGAGUUGGGCUCCUCCAUCAGCGACUCUGCAGCUCCUGCUAAAACAGGGAAGGACGGAGAGAAAACUGACAAGAUGGAGGAGUCACUCACCUGCAUCAUCUGCCAGGACCUGCUAUACGACUGCGUCAGUCUGCAGCCCUGCAUGCACACCUUCUGUGCAGCGUGUUAUUCUGGCUGGAUGGAGCGAUCCUCUCUCUGCCCCACCUGUCGCUGUCCUGUGGAGAGAAUCCGAAAAAACCACAUCCUCAACAACCUGGUGGAGGCGUACCUGCAGCAGCACCCAGAGAAGUGUCGUAGUGAGGAGGAUCUGCGCGGUAUGGACGCUCGUAAUAAGAUCACUCAGGACAUGCUGCAGCCGAAGGUGGAGCGCUCCUUCUCUGAUGAAGAAGGGAGCUCCGAUUACCUGUUCGAACUUUCCGACAACGACAGUGACACGUCAGACAUGAGCCAACCCUACAUGACGUGUAGGCAGUGCCCAGGGUACCGAAAAGACUUUAGCCCUGCCCCCUGGAUCUGUAGCUCCUCCCAGGAGGAGGGGUCAGUGAAAGCACCAGGAGACGGCCCCUCAACAUCCACUGAUACCUGCACAGCCUCUCAGGAGUUUAGGUGUCCUCCUCAGGGUGGUCACCUGAUCUGUACCUGCUGCCUGCAGCCCAUGCCGGACCGCCGCUCCGAACAUGUCGGCCCUCAGGGUUCCCCUCAGCACUGUAUGGUGUGCCAGAGGCCGUUCUGUCACCUGUACUGGGGCUGCCAGCGAAUCGGCUGUCAGGGUUGUCUGGCACGUUUCAGUGAUCUGAACCUCACGGCUAAAUGUCUGGAUGGAGUCCUCAACAACAAUAACUAUGAGUCUGAAAUCCUGCAGAACUAUUUGACUUCCAGAGGAAAGACUUGGCGAGAGAUGCUACAGGAAGCUCUUCAGGCCAUACAGCAAGGCCUCUACCAUCUCACUGAUUAUCGUAUCAAUGCCAGCUCCCUGCUGUGUUACUGCUGCGGGCUUCGUUUCUUUAAAGAACUCGCCUACAAAUACAGAGAGAACAUUCCUGCUUCUGAACUCCCAGCUGCUGUGACCUCCAGACCGGACUGCUACUGGGGACGCAACUGCCGCACGCAGGUCAAAGCUCACCAUGCAAUGAAAUUCAACCACAUAUGUGAGCAGACCCGUUUUAAAAACUGAGGCAGCGGAGGAUUCGUUGUGGAUCCUGUUCACUUCCCAACAACACAGACUAUCAAAGUUAUAUUCCUGGGUUUAUUUCUUUACUCCUGUAGCUGGUAGUAAUCUAGAUGUUUUUUCAUAUGCAAAAUCAAUCACGUGGGUAUUGAAUGGCUCAUAUUUGGCCAGACGGACAGACGUCAGUACGUAUGGAUACGUUAUCUGAAGCUGCACUUUCCUCAUUCCAUUGUUCGUUCAGGUCGUUGCUGGUAGAAUCUCUAGUUUAAAGAUUUCAUAGUAAAAUCGGAUGAAACAGGCAAUCAGAACAGACUUCUGUACUGUGAAUACGUGGCUCGAUGGAGCCCUGUGCAUAAUAAGUGACUCAGCAGUGCCGGUUAAUAUCCAGAUGUGACUCAGCUAAACCUUGUGCCUAAUAAUAAUAAUCUAAAAACA